UUGGGCUAUCGAUAGUGCGCCUGGUCCAUCACUAUUUUAGCACACGCCGCGUAAAAGUGACGCCGAUUUCAAUUUCAACUAAUUGCAAAAUUUGUAUACAAAUCUAGGAACAAUGGCCGACUUGGACGAUUUUGACACCAUGUCCGAUGCCGACUUGCGUGCAAAGAUGAUUUCCCAGGGACUGCCAAAUAUUCCAGUUACAAACAGCAGCCGUAAGGUUUUGGUCAAGCGUCUGCGCGCCUCCCUUGGCGGCCAGACGACACCGGCAGUCGCUGCAAGUCCCAAGAAAAGCAACAAGCGUGAGACUCUGGUGCCAGCUGCACCUUCGGCCGCAGCUCCAGCUGCUGCCUCCAUUCCAGUGGACAAACCCGAUGGUGUAAAGCCGGGAUCUGCAGCUACCAAGGGACGCCGCACAAUUGCGUCCACAAUGAACGACAACAAAGCGGCCGAGCGGCGUCGUCCUGAGGAGCUGGUUGCUAAGAAACCGGCUGGUGCGGCUCCCGCACAGACACAGCGUCGUAUCUCAAGUUCCUCAGAAAGGCGGGAGGUUGUACUGGAGCGCCCAGUCAAGAAGCCAGAGCGUAUCGUCGAGGAGGUUGCUGUGCCCAAGCGCACCAACUACCAUGAGAACACUUUGGAGGUCAAUUCGAUGAUCGUCCUGGAGUCCGACGAAGAGGAGGACGAGCAGUUGGCUCGGGCGGCUGACCUUGUCGAGCUGCAGUACAAGGCCAAGGAGCAACCAAAACCCAGAUCGAAGCUGACGACCACCACAACUAAUACAUACGAGUAUACUGGCAAGUCAGCUGCCCAAAUGGCUCCACAGGUUUACAGUAGCAAGGCCGUGGACCCCCCACGCAGACAGGCAUACGAAUCCUCAGCUGCUACAGCUUUCAACAUGGCUCCUUCCAGCACAGCUUCUCGUACACAGACGAGCAGCUCCUCAUACGACUACCUCAGCAACCCCACCGGGCGCUACAGCAGCUUCGUGCGCUCGCCUACCCAGAGCUAUGUGACUGCAGCGGCAGCGGCUCCGGCCCUGGCCCCAGUCUUUGCCUCCAACUCAGGCCACCGUCGUUCCCCACCACGCCAACCAUUUGCCAACGAGCUAAGUGACGAAAACGAGGCGGACGAUGGCCAGUACGAGAGCACCUUUGCCCGCAACUUGGCCCGUCAGCGGUCCGACCGCAACAGUCCCUACAGCAGGCGCACCAUUGCCAGCACCGAUACUAUGGGCUAUGAGUUCCAGGCCCGCCGCUCCCUGCGCCCGGAAGAGGUCAGUGUCUCGGUGGCCUUUCGUCGCUGGCUCACUAGCUUGAACGGAGCCUACAAUCUUAAGUCUAAGAUGUUUAUAUUGUUAGUAGUCAUAUUGUUGAUUGGCGUCUACCUCGUGUUCCACUAGAGAAGAGCCCGGCCAGUGCCAUUUCUGAAUCUUAGCCUGAAAAUGUAAUUUUGUUUUGACGUUUCAAUUGUUUGUGAACGCUCAACAUCUGCGGGCGAUGUACUAUGUUUCAAUUUUAUGUUGGUUUGAGAUUGUCUAGCAUUAAGCUGUAUGUUAUCCGUGUUCCAAUAAAGCCCACUUAAAGAAGAA